AUGUGUUCUAAGUUCAAUCUUUCUCGCAACAAGUUUAGCAGCAUAGACCUGCCACUUGCUAAUGCCAGCGUAUACUAUCUUGAUCUCAGUUUCAACAAGAUUCAAGGGCCCAUACCCAUCCCAGUGUCUCCACAGUUCUUGAAUUACUCAAACAACCUCUUCUCAUCCAUCCCACAGUACUUGAUGGAACGAGUAAGCAGUCCUUUCUUUCUGAACCUUGGCAACAACACACUGCAUGGAGGCAUCCCACCUAUGCUCUGCAAUGCAAGCAAUCUCCAGUUCCUUGACAUCUCUUACAACUAUUUCGGUGGCCAUGUUCCAUCUUGUCUAGUAGAUGGACACCUGACCAUCCUGAAGAUGAGACAGAACCGACUUGAGGGCAGUCUCCCUGAUGAUAUCAAAGGAAGCUGUGUUUCCCAGACGAUAGAUUUCAACGGGAAUCGGAUAGAGGGGGAGCUGCCAAGAUCCCUCUCGAACUGCAGUAACUUGGAGGUUUUCGAUGUCGGAAACAACAAUUUCAGUGGCCCUUUCCCUACCUGGAUCAUGAAGUUGCCCAAGCUUAAAGUUCUAGUGCUGAGAUCCAACAGAUUCUCCGGCGCAGUGGGUAAAAUUCCUGUCGAGGGUGAUCAAAACAGGACUGAUGAUUUCUUAAGCUUGCAGAUUAUUGAUCUGGCCUCAAACAACUUCUCCGGCACCUUGGAUCCACGGUGGUUCGAGAAGCUCAGAGUGAUGAUAGCCACCAGCAUGAACAAGAACAGCGCGCCGCUAGCCUUGGAGAACAACCUUUCAGGGAAACUGUACCGAGACACGGUGGUGGUCACGUACAAAGGGACACCCACAACGGUGAGCAAGAUCCUGGUGGCCUUCGCCGUGAUCGACUUCUCCGGCAACGCGUUCGCCGGUGCCAUCCCCGCGUCGAUCGGGAGGCUGGCGUCGCUGCGCGGGCUCAACCUGUCGGGCAACGCCCUCGCCGGAACGAUCCCUCCCGAGCUCAGCGGCCUGAGGCAGCUCGAGUCGCUGGACCUCUCGUCCAACCGGCUCGAGGGGCGGAUCCCGGAGGCGUUGGUCUCUCUAACCUCUCUCGCCUGGCUGAACCUCUCGUGCAACCGGCUGGAGGGGAGCAGCGUCCCGCAGGGAGGGCAGUUCCUGACGUUCACCAACGCUUCGUUCCAGGGGAACGCGGGGCUCUGCGGCAAGCCGCUGUCUCGGCAGUGCCACGGUGGUGGUGGCUCGGACACGGGAGCCCCUGCGUCGGAGCACGGGAGGAGUUCGGAGGAUACCGUCGUGAUGUUCUGCUUCUGCCUCGCCGGGUCAGGGCACGGCCUGGGCUUUGCGGUGGCCGUUCUGUUUCAGCUGGCCUGCAGUCUGCAGAGGCAAAAGAUGGAAGAAAGUGAGUCGUACACCAACUUCCAGGAUCAAGAGUUUGAGUUUGAAGAGCAUCCACCUGCUCAAGGCAAGUGUCCUUGA